UUCUUUUGCGCGUGCGUAAAGCAAGGAGUCCUUGGCUGCACUGGCUACUGUAGGUGAACCGCGCAGUAUCGGGACGCUGUCAAAAUGCAGACCUGGAACCAGCUUUAUCGGACCCUGACAACGCGAGGUCAACACCUGCCUUGCAAACUGCACAGAGUCACGGCAUUAUCCCUGAGAACAUAUUCUGACAAAGCAGCAAUUGAUGCUGAUGUCACAGUCGUGGGCUCUGGACCUGGAGGGUAUGUCGCUGCUAUCAAAGCUGCUCAGCUUGGUUUCAAGACAGUGUGUGUGGAAAAGAAUGCCACUCUUGGAGGCACCUGCUUAAAUGUGGGUUGCAUCCCAUCAAAGGCCCUGUUAAACAACUCUUAUCUCUAUCACUUGGCACAUGGAAAGGAUUUUGAAAGCAGAGGUAUUGAAAUCCAAGGGAUUUCGCUGAACUUGGAGAAGAUGAUGGCACAGAAGAGCGGUGCUGUCAAAGCUUUGACAGGAGGCAUUGCACACUUAUUUAAACAGAAUAAGGUUACACAUGUCAGUGGAUUUGGCACUGUCACUGGGAAAAAUCAGGUUACUGCUAAGACAACUGAUGGCGGUGAGCAAGUCAUUAACACCAAAAACAUCCUCAUAGCUACAGGAUCGGAGGUCACCCCAUUCCCAGGCAUUGAGAUUGAUGAAGACACUAUAGUAUCCUCUACUGGGGCUUUGUCCCUUAAGAAGGUCCCUGAGGAGCUGAUUGUUAUCGGAGCUGGAGUUAUCGGAGUGGAGCUGGGUUCAGUGUGGCAUAGGCUAGGCUCCAAAGUGACAGCAGUGGAAUUCCUUGGCCAUGUUGGUGGGUUGGGCAUCGAUAUGGAGAUCUCCAAGAAUUUCCAACGUAUCCUCCAGAAACAGGGCAUGAAGUUAAAGCUGAGUACCAAAGUCCUGGGUGCCACCAGGAGAUCUGAUGGCAAGAUUGAUGUUUCAGUGGAGGCUGCAGCUGGAGGAAAGAACGAGACACUCACUUGUGAUGUGCUUCUGGUGUGUAUUGGCCGUCGCCCUUACACACAUGGUCUCGGUCUUGAGAACGUUGGUAUUGAGCUGGACAACCGUGGCAGAAUACCCGUCAACAACCGGUUCCAGACCAAAGUGCCCAGUAUUUAUGCCAUUGGUGACGUGGUGGCUGGUCCCAUGCUGGCACACAAAGCAGAGGACGAAGGCAUAAUAUGUGUUGAGGGAAUGGCAGGAGGAGCCGUUCACAUUGACUACAACUGUGUUCCUUCAGUCAUCUACACACAUCCUGAAGUGGCAUGGGUCGGCAAGAAUGAGGAGCAGCUUAAGGAAGAAGGUGUCCCAUACAAAAUUGGCAAAUUCCCUUUUGCUGCUAACAGCAGAGCAAAGACUAAUGCUGAUACAGACGGCCUGGUGAAGAUCCUGAGUCACAAGGAGACAGACAGAAUGCUGGGAGCUCACAUCCUUGGAUCAGGAGCUGGUGAGAUGAUCAAUGAGGCUGCACUAGCAAUGGAAUAUGGAGCAUCGUGUGAGGAUGUUGCGAGGGUCUGCCAUGCUCACCCCACUGUUUCUGAGGCCUUCAGAGAAGCCAACCUGGCUGCUUCAUUUGGAAAAGCUAUUAAUUUUUAAAUGUAUGUAAUUAUCCGCUUUAUAACUGGUUUCAGUACAGCACACACUUUAACAUCCUGAACCCUCAGUUUUCAGGAGACGGCGCCACACAAAUCUACAGUAUAGCUGUAUUCCAAUUAAUGUUAUUUAAAUGUCAUAAUAAAAGGGUUGGGUCUUACACUGGUCUAAAAGUGUGGAAGUCCCAUGUGAGUAAUUGUGGAAUUAACACUCAACACAUUAACAACGCAGGACGCACAAAACACCCUAAGGAUGAAGUGGAACUGCUGAGAAAUCGAUUUUGGUAGAAUUAUGCAUACAUAUGUGGAAUUAAGGAAAUGAGGCUUCUUUAGUACGGAACUUUCCAGUGAUUAUUUUCAUCAAGUACAGUAUACAGAUGCAGUAGUUACUUGUGGUGUGCUGAUUUUAAGUGGGAAGUUUAUUAACGGUAUGGAUGAUGUUAAGAUUUGAAAUCUUCUCAAUACCAAACUGUUAUAGUAAGGCCUUUGAGCAUGGACCUUAAGGCUCUCUGCACCAGAAACGGUAUACCAUGACCCCAGCACCUUCAACUUCUGAUUUGAAAAGACUAAUGUUCAUUGUACUGCAUAUGUAUAAUGUCAAUAAAGGAUAUCUUUCUAAUUA